GUAACCUCAAAGAAUUUGGUUCUACAGCUGAUUAAUUUUAGUUUGUUUGAGUUUAAAUAUGUGAUAGUUAUUGAUUUUAUUUAAUUUUAAAUGAUUAUUACUAUUACAUAAAACCACGUGUUGCUGUUUUAAUACUAAGAGAUGGGUGGGAAAAAGACAGUCGAAAACUCUCGGAGAUUUGAAAAAGACAGGAGAGAUAAGCUAAACAAUGCUUUUAUGGAGCUAGGUAAGCUCUUACCACAUCAUGAUCCAUCAGUAAAUCUUAGCAAGGUGGAAAUUUUAAGAAAAGCUGCCGAAUACAUCAAGUACUUACAAGGACAAAAUGAGGAAAUCAUGAAACUCGGUGAAGACUUAGCACUCAAAAAUGAGAGUGAGAAGUUGAGAAAAAGAGUUGCUCAUUUGUUGUUAAAAACCAAAGAAUUGGUUGAAGCGCUGAGAUGUGCUGGAGUACCGAUUCCCAAUUCUAAACGUAGGAAGAGGAAGCCUAAAACAGCAACACAAGGUGGCAGCAAUAAGGAAGAAGAACCAAAAACAUCCCAAGAUGAAGCCACAACUAUAAAAAAAGUUAAAUGUGGUUGUAUGAAACUAGCUCCGGAAAAGAAGCCUUUAAAAGAAUCUAAUCCAGCUGUAACUGCUGUUCCCACAGUAGUUACGUUAGGAAAUGUACAGACUGUCGCAUGUGUUUCUUCGGUUUCAGCUCCCCCGUGGACUAGCAAUACAAAACUUUUGACUGCUACUCCAACGCCUUUAAUAAGUGCUUCAAUUAUGACCACUAGGGUUCAAAGUCUUCCUGUGGUUAGACAAUUACUUCCUAGUAACAAUAAUGUCGUCAAUAAUGCAGCUUCACUCGCUGCGAUUACAAGAGGAACUCAACUAUUGCCGAACAUUAAAGCUUCCGUAGAUGGUAACGGUAAAAAUUUGUCUACAGUAAGGAGUGGAAUCCGUAAUUUGCCGAUUGCACCUUCCUCAAUUCAAACGAUUCCAAUAAUUAGUAACAACAUUUUACCACCGAACAUAGUGAAAGAAGUUACGCCAACAGUAAUAAGUAAUAAAACUGUUAAUAUUGUUACUACAACAAGUUCCAGUUCGAUUCCUACACAGACUAUUGUCAAUAGUUCGCAUAUUAUCACAUUAUCUCAAAGUAAUAUUAUCACAGCCCCGGUAAUGGCUCCUGGGAUUCAGACUGUACCGGUAUUAGAAAAGAAUAUACUCUCAAAUUUAGGUCCUGGUACAUUAAUCCUAGCUGAUGGCAGAAUUGUAAAUGUACCUCCAAUCGUACCUCAGAUUCUUGUGAAACCGCAACCGACAGUGAUUUUGAUGCCGACUUCCAAGAAAAAAGAUAAAAUAAUUAUUCCUAAGAAACAAGAUGUUACAAAAACGACAUUCGCUAACAAGGCACCUAUUCCUGCCAUUCAGACCUUCAGAUUGGAGUCGUGUCCCAGGGUCCGUCCAAAGAAAAAACCCAAAACAACUUUAAAGAAAGCAGAGAAAAGCAAGAAUACAGAAAAUGACACUCAAUCAGACCAGGCUAAGAAAAAAAGGAAAAUAGAUAAUGUUUCAAUUUGUCCUGAUCAACAAAAAAUUGAUAAAACUGCUUCAACUAAUAAUCUUAAUUCAUUAAAAGAAGUAGAAAAUAUAAAUAUUGUUAAUUCAUCAAAAGAAGUAGAAAUGAUAAGUACUGUUGAUUCAUCAAAAGAAAUUGAAAAUAUAAACACAAUUAAUUCACCAAAAGAAAUUGAAAAUACAAAUACAAUUAAUUCACCAAAAGAAAUAGAAAAUAUAAAUACCAUUAAUUCGCCAAAAGAAGUAGAAAAUGCAGAUAUUGACGUUGUUAUUACUAGUGAGCAGGUUUCUAAAGAUGUAUCAGUAGAUACUUGCAAUACGAUUACUGAAGCAACCACUACUGAUACUGGUGAGCAAGAAAAAUCUGAUGAAAUUAUUGAUGUGCCAAAAUUGCCUAGAACUGUUGAGGAUCCAGUACUUCCAAGUACUUCUAAUUCAAUUGUGACAAAUACGUUUGAGUCUAACAGUAUGAUUUCUGAUACAAAUCUUAACGAUUCUGAUUUAUCAGUUUCUUCAUCUCCUGUUAAAGAUGCAAUCGAUACUUUGAAUGAUAAUUAUUCGCAGCCAUUAUCCACCUCUAUAAGCGAACAGGAUAAAGAAUCAGCUGAUAAUUCUGAUUUGAACGAUAAAAUUGAAGAAGAAAAUGAUGUUUCUCCUGAGUUAGAUACAAUUGACACCACAGGAUGUGAAACAGGGCAAAGAUCUUGUAAUCCAGCUAUUUCUACUAAUCUCUUGACGUUAUCUUCAGUAGUUCCGGAAGAUAAUAAUAGUGAAAAUUCAGUUUUAAAUAAUACAAAUGAAAAAAAUUUAGAAGCUGGUACUACUGCAAUUUGUAGUUCUGAAGGAUCUUCAAUGGAAACUGAAAUAAGCCCUCUCAAAAAUGAUAUGUUAACAAAUGAAUUAAGGAAUCAGAAAUCAGUUUGUUCUACUGCUAGCUGUGAAGCUAGUAGCAGCUAUACAUUGAGCCUGACAGAAAGUCUUCCGGAAGUGAAUUCGAGUUCAGUACAAGUCUCCCUAUUUGCCUCUAGUAACGAGACGAAUAUUGAAAAUAAACCAACAUCAGCCUCGUUCAGCUGUCCAACACACCACGGUGUCUACUCAACUGUUGAUUUAAACCAGGGCAGUUCUGAAAAUAAAUCUUUUCAACAAAAAGAUAACUCGAAUUCACAUAUAGCUAAGGAAAGUGAACCUCUUCCAGUUACCGAACCUCCUAGCUCUUCUGCGACUGAAAAUGUCAUCUUUGCUAAUAGUACUUUACUUCCGGAGAGUAUUCCACAUCCAAAGCCAAAUACAGAAUUAAACAAUUCUGAUACUACUACGUCCAAGACAGCUGAACCUUCCUCCAUUUCGAAUGAUAAAGUGUUCCCGAAUCGAGAAAUAAUGCAGAGAUUGGACUUUCCAGAUCUUGGAAGUAAUGCCCUUGUCGAAAACACUUCAAUGUAUCCUUCGCUGAAUGAGAUCACGCAUUCAUUGUCUUUAAAUAUUCAAGAGAAAGCUAUAUAUUCUCAGGCCCUAUCUUUUCAUCAAAAUAAAUGUCCUGGUCAAUCUAAUGGUUUAGGUUCUGGUGUCGGCAGCUUGACUAUGCCUGGAAAUAAAAAUAAUCCCUUUUCAAUACCUGAUAAUAGUUUUAGUCAACAACAGAAUAACCAUCUCCAACUUGACCAUUUGCAGUCGAAUCAUGGUAAGCAGAAAGAUUCAUUGGCACUCGAUUCAUUUUAUACUGGAUCUCAAAGAUCUGAUUUGCCAGUUUAUCCACAAAGCAAUGUUUCUUUUUCUUAUUCCAAGUCAAAUGGAUCUUUUACUAAUCAACCUACGUACAGAUUUCCAGGAACUCUUCUCAGUGAUAAGAAUUCAAACCCUAAUUAUGGUGAUAAUGUUAACAAGUCAGUUAGUUUCAAUUCCAACGAUAAAUUACCAUGCAGCAGUACAUCGGCUAUUUCAUCAAUUAACCCAUCUGCAAACUCUAAUGCUAACAUUUAUACAGGCUAUUGCUCGGCCAACUUUUAUCCAAAUACUACGGUGACAUAUUCACAAAAUAGUUUUAAUUCGAAACCUACGAAUAAAACUUCUCUGAGCGAUAAUAUUUCUAAAAAAAUCAUUCCUUACAGUACGUAUAAUGAUCCUACAUCAUCAAUGAAUUUAGGCGACAAACAGCUUUGUUCUCGGAAUAUGUCUUUUCAUCACAAUUCAGGCUCUAAACCUAACUGGGAGAAGUCCAAUUGCAGCAAAGAUUUUUACAACAAUUCGGUUAAUAAUAUGCCAGAUAAUAAUAAUAUUAAAGAUAAAAACAAUUCAUUUCAAUGUAACAAGAUGCCAGGUUUAGAGAAGCAGAACGAAUUACAAAACCAAAGCCAAUUAAUGUAUCUCAAUUUUCAAAAUGAAUCUGCUCCAUCUCAUAGUAAUGGGUUCUUUCAGAAUUUUCCUUCAACUUCUGGAGUUCUUCAAGGUACUUGCGGUUUUAAUGAUUUUCCAUCUACGAGUUCCAUACCUUCUAAAACGACUGCUCAUCAUGAAAAUCAAAUAAAUGUCAACACAUCUCAUGUAGGAAGGAACCCACAAGAGAAGUUUAGAGACUCUCAACCUCUUAUGAAUAAGGCUAAUUCAUUAACUGCUAUCGAUAAAGAUAAGGCAAGAAAUAGUUCCUUUUAUCCGGUCUCUGCCCCACCGCCAGGGUAUUCAAAUUUAUGUUCAGAAAACCAAUCCAAAGUUCAGAAUAUUUCAUUCGAAAACAGUUCUAUUAACAAAUCUAAAACAUCAGACGGUAACUGUAUGUCUCAUAAUAAUUAUAUAGAACCGAAAAUUUCAUGUAUUGAAACCAGUGGAUCAGUAACAAGUACUAAUAAUGUUCAGAUCAAUACCAAUCAUGCUAUAUUUAACAAUUCUAUUAGUUCUGGAGCUUCAUUCAUUGAAGGCAAAACCAAUGAUCAAAAUUGUAAUAUCUCCGCUGAUGAUAGAAGAAAGAUAAACGAUGCUCAGAAAUCAUAUUCAAAAGACAAAGAGGUUUCAAAAACAAAUAGGUUUGCUGAGACUGCACCGCCCGUGCCUCAUAAUCCAUCCGAUUCCACGAAGGCUUCUCAAGCAAAUACCAGUGUUCAAUCAGCUUCCUCGAAAAAUCUACGUAUUCCUGUAGAACCCGAAAGAAAUCAUGAAAAUAAUAAUUACAAUUAUCUCCCAAAGUCAUCUGUCAACGGUAAAAAUAUUCAAAACAGCAAUUCGGAAAUCAACCCAAUGAACCGUAAAAUUAAUGAUUCAAUUGAAAGUACGCAAAGCCACUAUAAAGAUUAUGUUCCAAGUGGCGAGAAACAAUUGCAAGAAAAUCACAAGCUUUUGUCAUCCUCUUCUCAUAAAUCAGUUUCAACUGAAAUGAGCUCAGAUGAUUUUCAGGUCUUUAAUUACAAUGGAAAUAGUUAUCAAAAACUUCCACAUUCUCAAAAUAAUUCUUUUGCAUCCAAUCCUUCAAGAAUUUCUACUAAUUCAAUUAGGGCUACUAAUUACAAAAAUUUCAAUGACGCUCCUUUUGAUUCAGUGACAAAUCAGUUUGUUAAUCAAAGCGGUGCCUCCGUUAAUAUGAGAAACACAGGUAUUUGUUCAUCCCAAAAUAAUUCUUUGCAAUUAUUACCAUCGACUUCUACUUCAACUUCUGAUCACAUUGCUCCUCAUCCUAGUAAUAAAACUGCACCAGUAUCGGUAAUGCCCAAUUCUUUGCCUCAGAAAGAAAAUCAAACCAAACCUUGUUCGAGUGAGGGGACUUCUUUUAAAGGAGAUAUGAACACGGAUUUCUUGAAAUCUAAAGAUAUUGAGAGGAAUACAUUCAUCCCCAUUAUAGAUGAUGUACGCUUGACAUCUGAUUUCUCUUCUGAUCUGUUCAGUUCUCUUCAAGUUCCUACUGGAGGUCAACAUUCUGAAUCAAUUUCUCCUACAGCGGCAUUUUUGUUAGCGUUUCCGCUUGUAUCUACAUCCCGCAACAACGAAAAUCUGCCAGAUAGUGAAAAUCAUGAUAAUCAAACAUCUACUCCCACUACUAUUCUACAGAUAGGAAACAUAGAACCACCGAAUACAGAACUCUUUCAUUCCAUCGAUUUUCAAAAGGGGAAUAAAACAAACGACCAGUUUGAAUUAAAUAAUGAUUACCUUCAUGUUAAUGAAAUACACGGAAAGCAAAAUACAAGUUAUAAUAAACCGUGUGAGAAAAGAAAAGAUGUCUUUCCAGAUCAAAGAAGUGUAGAAUCUAAAUCUAAAACAAAAUCAUCGACAACUGUUACUAACAGUUAUGCUACACAAUCGUAUAAUUAUUCUCAUUUUCCAUGCAACGAUUUUCAACAAUACUGUGAAAAAGAAGGUUCCCAAUGGCAACAAGACUUUUCUAAUAUACCUAAAGAUCAAAAGAAGACCUAUGAAAAAAAGAAAGAUAAAGCUGUACAAAAAGGUUACUUCUAUCAGAAUUAUCAAGAAUAUUAUAAUUACAAAGAUAAGAAGAGGAAACAGCAAAACAGGAUAUCAGUGAAUUGGAUGACUACACCGGAAAAUCGAGAGCAGACUGAAUAUCAACAGAAAGAAACCGAGAUAACUAAUAACUACCCCAAUCAUUCGUCACAACCUGUUUAUGGUGGUAUCCCUGUAGAUUUUCCUACAGAAUCUUUCUCUGAUUUUUGUAGUUCGAAGAAAUCAAACAAUUAUUCUUGGUCUCCGAGUAAAACACUAUUACCUGCCUUAGAUAAUCAUUUAAUGAUACCUUCAACACUACCCACUCUAGUUGGAGAUCUUGCAUUAGGUACCAGUACACCAUCUGAAAGUUAUAAAACGUUUGAAACUCCGAAAGCUCAACCCCCUCAAGGGCAAGCCGGGAAGAAACCUCCAGAAAAAAUGGAUGAAAUUAAAAAAAGAAAUGAAUUUCCUAAAAGCCAAGCAAAUUUCUUUUCAGUCAGUCAGUUGGUCGAUCCAAAAAGUAAAAAGCAGAAAACAACUGACAGAAACUACAAGAGACAAGAAAAGGCAUCCAAACCUCGAGCUAAUUUCAAUUGUUCUAAACGUAAAGAUGAUCAUUGCAUGUAUUACGAAGAAAGAAAUAAUUUUGCUCCGAAUCAGAAUCAAUGUACCGAAAAGAAAUAUAACUCUUACAAGGGUGGUAGCUAUAGCGCUGAAUCAUUAAUUGGCGCCCAACAGAGCGAUGUAGAUUUCUCGUCCAAUUUCAACUAUCAGCAGAAUUCAAAUUAUUUCCAGAGUGAUUUCACUCCUCAUAUAGAUUCCAAUCAGCAAUACGGCUAUUUCCAACAGACUCAUUUUUCAGGUUUUUCUCAUGAGGACUACCAAGACUUUGGAUUUGGUACGAAUCAGAGAAGUUUAGAUCAAAAUAGACAAAAAUCAGGGCGUAAAGAUGAUAAUUAUCAGGGUUCAAACCUACUUCAACCACAAAUAUACCCGUCGUACUCCAAAAGUAUUCAUUACAACCUGCCAGCUUCACAGCUCAAUACCAACACUACGACUACUCUCACUAAUUUCAACCUCAGUACGAUUUUUCCUGAAAUGAACGAUCAGAGAGUAGCGUCUUCAGGACAAACGGCUCAGCAAAUGAAUCCUUCCUUCCCUCCUAGUUCACAAACUUACCGAAGUCACUUACAACAAUGAUCGUACUGUCGUAUGACAAUCAACUCUUUAAACUAGUCAUAUUUAUUUAAGGCUGUGUAUAUUUUUACUAAUGAUUGGUAAAAAUGUUAAAUUGUUUAAAUAUAUCUCUAGAAUAUUGUUGUUUGUUAGAUAAUUUAAUUGUUAAUGUUGUAAAAAUGUAUCAUAUUUCUAUUGUAAGUUAAAAAAAAAAUUUUUUUUAAUUAAGAAUUUCUUGUGAUACAAAGAAAUAGAGUAAGUUAAACAUUGACAAGAUAUGAUUUUCUUAAUUAAUUUAUUACAUUAAUUAAAUCUUGUAAUUUAUUAAUUAACCUUUUAUGUACCUGAAAACACAUUUUAAAAUAUAGAUUAUUUAAGUUGUAUAGUUAGUUUAAUAACAAAGAAAUUAUUCUUUGUAAAUAUUUAAAUAUUGUAAAAUAUGAUCUUUUUAUUUGUAUUGUUUUGUUUUUUUAAAUAGCAUUUUAUAACUAAGUUAAAUCAAUGUCAAAUAAAUUUUUAUAUAUAUUUUAUUUCUUUUUAUUAUUAUUUUAAGAAUCAAUAUAGUGGAGCUCCGAUUAUCCUGACCAUAAAUUAAUUAUUUGAACUAAACUUGUGUUUAACCUUGAUUUUUCUUUUGAAUCAGUUUCAUAGAUUUUCAAAAGUUCAAAAAUUAAACCAGAAUUUGAAGAACUGUAGUCAUUAUUUCACAUAUACAUUACUUACACAAAAAGAACUUGUUUCAGGUUCGAUUUAAACUGUUUAUCACUAGCUUUGUUUGUUUAUUAAUAAAAACAAUUUUAUCACAAACUAGCUAUAUUGGAGUAGAAUAAACUGUAGUUUAUAUGUUGAUUAAACGUUAACAACUCACUCAUUCAAGAACUGGUCACAACCAACAUGUCUGAUAACACCUGUCGGAGGCUGAAAAGGUGCUAGUUAAGGGAUCUUCUCGCUGAAUUAUAAAUAUUGGAAUCAAAAUAGAAACACCACUCUCCCUCACAUCUAUCCCAAAUUAUUUUAUUUUUCAAUUCUGACCUUCCCACUCAGGUUAGAAUAGGUUGGUUAUACCAGCUGAAAAACAACCUCUUCCCCCCAUACGCCAGAAAUGGCAAGGUAGGGAAUAAACGGAGGAAAAAACAAAACAGUAAAAUUAAAAUAGACAAUAUUUUAACUUUUAUUCACUGUUUUUAUAUUAAAGAGAGUGGGUUAACUCAGUAAGUAAGGCUCUGUAGUCUUAUGCUCUGGGUCCUAGAUUAAGUUGAUCACUGCUAUAUCAGGAUGUCUCAGUUCUUAAUGGCCAAACUCUGGGGGGUGGAUUCUAGACAAAAUUUUGAACACAAAAGUUCAUUUGAUGCAUGGGUGGGCCAAUUCCGAACAGAAAUGAUUUUAAACCAUUUUUUUGUUUUUCUUAAGGUCACAUUAUUUAUUGCAUAAGAAGGAAUUGCUCGAAACUGUUCAAGAUUAAUUAAAUUUUAAGUAUGCCAUCAUAAAUUAGACAAAAUUUUCUUUGAGAAAACAUUGAUUAAAUUUGCUUAGGUUAAUGAUAAAAGGGACUGUUAGUGAUAAUGACACAAGGCCUACCAACUGCAGACCUGAAAGUCCCUUUUAUCAUUGACCUUAGUAAAUUUAAGCAUUGUUUUCUCAAAAAUAUUUUGUCUACUUUACCAUGGGGCACAAAGAAUUUAAUUAUCUCUAACAGUUUUUGAGCAAUUCCUCCUUAUGCAAUAAAUACCCGUGGCCACCUUAAAAAAAACACAAAAUUGGUCUUAAACUCCUUUUCCGUUUUGAAUAGACCCAUGCAUCAAAUGAACUUUUAUGUUCGAAAUUUUGUCUAGAAUAAACCACUCAGUUUUUUUUAGGGAGUUUGGAUGUAAACUGAAACACCCUAUAUAAGCUGUGGUAUGACCCAGCUACUAUGAAGUCCAUGCUCAAUGCUGAAUUCCAUUAAUUACUUAAGGGAAAAAAAGUUGGGCAUGAUCUUGGUCAAAUCACCCUUUGGUAUAAAAGCAGUAUUUCUUUAAAAAGUAUUGCAACCAAGAUCUCUCCAUGGAUUGUACUGGUACAGAUUUGAAUACAAAAAUUCUAAACUUGGUUUUAAAUCUAUACACAACUAUUUCCCGUUAUCCUUUGACAUUUCUGGAUUUUGUUCAAUCCUUUCUACUCGUUUUAUUUUAUCCCACUGUGUUUAAAUAUUGAAUAAGACACAGGGGUUUUGUAUAGUUUUUCAGGUAUAAUUAUGUACAAAUAUCAACAUUACAACAGUUAAACAUUUAACUUAAAUAAAAUAAAUUAUUUACAUCCUAUGUUAAUGUUUGUUCUUAUUUUAUUCUUUAUAAUUGCAUUUAUUAUCAAAAUUAUUUAAUCAAAUCAAUGCUCUACUGUAGUCACAAAUUGAUAACUUGAUGGCAGAUUUUUAUUCAGCAGUAAAGUUUUAAAAUAUACAACAGAAUUGCCCAAACGUGGGAUUAUUUUAAAUAUAAUAUAUGGAGCACAAUUUAAAAGAACAAAUAAUUUAAUUACAGUUCAAAAUAAUCCUUUUCCAAUAAAUUUUAAUGUGUUAAGGUAAUUAAGUAUAAAUAUGUUUUCUGUAUAAAACAACGAUAAUUAUUAAUUAUCGUUAUUAUUAAUUACAUAAAAAA